CUUUAUCAAGAGCUGGAGGGAACAACUGCCAGCUCUCUCCAGGGACAGCCAGCCAUGGGGCUGAGGUGCGGGAUGAGGACCACCAAGUGCCAGCUGCUGGUGACCAGCCUCUGCGUCAUGCUGCUGGGGUUGUCCAUUGCCACACUGAGCACAGUCACUCACUACGGGCUCCAUUUCACCCUCUUCAGCAACAUCUCCCUAGAGAGCAACGCCUACAGGGUCAUCCACCACGCAGCUUUCUACUUUGGGAUCUGCCUCAGCAUGACCCUGAUCCUGGCAGCCCUGCUGAGCUCUGCUGCUACGGUGCGGGAAUCGCAGCGCCUCACCGCCAUGGGAUUUUUCUGUUUUGCUCUGGCCUUCUUGGGAUUGAUCCCAGCUGCCUGCUGGAGAUACACACACAGCACAGAGGUGGAAGAGAGCAUGAUGGAUGUAUACGACCUUGUGUACGAGGAGGUGAGGAGGAAUGCCUCCAGCUUCAGGAGGCAUGAGCUGACUGCCAUCCACGAAACGUUCCUCUGCUGUGGGAAGCAGUCUCCGUUUGGGGACACGGCCAACAUCGAACACAAGACAUGUCCAUCCAGCCAGCUGCGUGAUGCGGGACAGGACUGCCUGCAAGAGAUCCGGGGCUUCCUGAAGAAGCACAUGGACGACUUCUCCAUCCUGCUGGGCAUCACCAUCGGCUUCACGGUUUAUGGGAUGAUCCUGACUUCAUUCCUCUGGUUCUCCAUCCACUUCAGCAGCAACCUGGACCGGAAAGGCAAAUACAUCCUGCGAGAGAGGUAGAAACCUGCUGCCUGGGCAUCCCUACCUGGUAGAACCAUCUCUUGGCGCAGGAAGAUGUCUGAAGUCACCCACAAAAUCUCCAGGGAAGGCUUUGCAUGGGGUCAAGUAGUGGGAUAUGUGUCAUGUGUUUCCCCUUCCUGCACUAUGAGCUGUCGUGCAUUUCCAAGCUGGUCAUGGCAGACGAUGGUCUGCAGAGGAGCAGUCCCACACCUUCGUGGAAAAUGGACAAGAACAGAAACAUGCACCUGGGCUUGGAGAUGCAGAUUGACUCGCUGGGGGACGUAUGGGCUGUAGCUCCACAAGCAGCACACAAAAAGCCCCUUGGGACAAAAAUGGAGAGAAAAGCCCAGCAAAAAUCAUAGCGUUAAACCAAACUUCUCUUGUACUGCCAUCUGAGCAGUUUCCUGUGACCCCCAAAGAUGCAAUGUUUCUAGGAAGGUGGCUUUGGAUCACAGCCCAGGACUGAUCUUUUGCUAUCAGCAAAUACAUGGACACAAAGUGUGUCAUUGCUGAUAGGAGAUAUGCUUUCCUAGCUUGGACACUCGUAAUGAUUGACUUUGGGCAUACUUCUGAUCAUGCUCAAGUAUGUAGGCAUCCAGCGACUGUCAACUGGUUUUCCCCGUUUUCAAAUUUUGCCAGAUUUACAGACCUUUUGGAGUAGAUCAGGAAAAAAUUCAGAGAGCAGUGCAUGAGCUUUGAAGCAAAUGACUAGCAUAAGGACAUAUUCCUCCUUGCUAAUGCAAUACACCAUUAUUUUUUAAUUCUUAGGAUUUAGUCAGCCUCCUAGAGCGUGAUGCCACACUGAUCUCACAGGGGCUUGUUCCACUUCCAGUCUUAGCACGGUGUUUAUCUGGCUUCACUAGCCCACUGCGCCGCUGUGCAAUACAAAAGGACUUUGAUAUUACACAUACACGCAGGACUGAAGUUUAAAUCUGUAAGAGAACAGGACUGAUCUCCAGCCAGGUCAAACAAUACGAAGUCCAACUCCAUGUCCUCUUUACAUCACCUUAUCAAUAACAAACAGAAAUGUAAAAAAGCUUCAAUCAACUGAAGAACUCGGCUCAGUCUAGCUUGAACGACAGCUCCCUGGUGUGCUUUGCCCUCGUUGCAAGCAGGCAGAGCUGCUUCUGAGCUGAAACCUGUCAUUGCAAUAGAUCUAGCACCUGCUGGAAAACCUGCUGUAAACUGUAUGACGAUGUGAAAUGUCUGUUGAACCAAUGACAGCUUUCACUCCUCUCCUUCGAUGUGUCUUUUAGCCAUGAAAAACAGUAAGUAACAAUUGUUUAUUGAGAUAAAUGUGGAAACCCCUGUGCUGAUGUUCAGGAUGGGUCCUGGCCCUCAGGCAGGGCCCGUUACACGUACAAGAACAGCAGUACAGCCUACAGCACCUGGUUAGCAUUUUAACAUGGCACAAACCUCUUGCAUUGGAAAGAAUUUUGUUUUGGGGGUGGAAAGGACUAUCGCUCCUCAUCCCGCUCCCUUGGAACCAGCAGAGCUUCACCAUUGGCUUCACUGGAAGCUGGCUCAAGUUCAAACCACUCCAGAGUAUGACUCAAGCUACCUCCCAGCAGUCACCAACACGCCUCAGUCUAACAGGGACUUAGUGGUGACGUGUACUUGCCAACAUACCCACUUUGUAGCAGUGGAGAAAGAUUCACUUAUAUGUGUAUAUGUACUAUUAAAUAUCUUGCUCUCUGGAGAGAGACAAUCUCCCUUGUGAGCUCCAGCUGCUAUUGUCCAGGCCACUGCUAUUGUUAUUCCUCAGGCCAGCUGGCAGCUCGUGUGACUCAUGGUUGCUUCAAUAAAGAUUAAUUUCUUGCAAAA